UGAGCUAGAAAAUGGAAGUGGGUGAAGACAACACCACAAGUCCACUAGAAAAGAUGUACUACAUAAGUCCACACAAUAGUCUAAUCGAUCAGAAAGCAAAGCCAACACACUCUACUGUUUAAGAAACAGUUGCAGAGAGAUUACUAUGUUGUGAAUGAACUCAAACUUCCCUGUUUUGUCUCUGAAACAAGAAAACAUCCAUUGUGGAAGCCGGAAGGGAGGCUUGCUUUGUGUUUAUGUUAAUGAUGUAAUUCAUCAACUAAACACUUAUCCAGGCAUUUAUCUAUCGUAAUCAUGCUAACAUCCGCAACAUUGGUGGCUCCAUCAACUGGAUCUUUCCAAAAAAAAGAUCAAGAGUGGCGUGCAAUUUUGUCUCCUGAGCAGUUUAGAGUUCUCAGGGAAAAGGGCACAGCAGGUCGAGGUAAAGGAGAGUAUACCAAACUGUUCGACGACGGAACCUAUAGUUGUGCUGGCUGUGCAACUCCUCUUUAUAAGUCCACCACUAUUAAGUUCGACUCUGGUUGUGGCUGGCCUUCCUUCUUCGAUGCUAUCCCUGGUGCCAUUAAACAAACGCUAAUUGACAUAUCCUUUUGUGACUCACAAUUGUUUUAGUAAAAAAAUGAUUGUUAUCGAAACAAGUUUUAUGUGUAUAUUAUAUAUAGCAGCCCGAGGCAGGAGGGAGAAAAAUGGAGAUCACGUGUGCGGUAUGUGAUGGACAUUUAGGUCAUGUUGUCAAAGGAGAAGGUUUUCCCACAGCGACCGAUGAGCGUCACUGCGUCAACAGUGCUUCUCUCAAGUUUUCCGAAAUUUCUUCCAAAUAAAUCGAUAUAUCCAUAUCGAUGACCGCUCUUGUUCGACCAAUUCACCGUUCAUGAUAAAUUUGGAGAUCAAGUGUGAUCGUUUGAGAUUGUUAUGUUAUAUUAUGUCACGUUCCUAGCUAUAGUUAUUGUUGGGAUACAAACAAUGUCUCACAUCU